ACGAAAAUUGUCUGUUUACAUUUUGGGCAUGAUUUCGAGUGAAAUAUUUUGCCGAAUGAGUGCUGUGCAAUAUUUAAUAAUUGUUUUAACAACGCAUUAGUUUCUUUAAAAAAUGGAAAACUCUUCAUCAGACAAAGGUGAAGACGCAAAACAUAGCCCAGAAAAUUCUGAUUUUAACGAAAAUUCAACAGAAGAAACUCUACAAGGUCUUGACUUUUACCCAGAACGACGAGGAGGGAAAAUAGCCCGUAGUUGGUUUCGAAAUUUAAUUCUUGGUGAAGGGAAUGAUAAUUUGCAGAAAAUAAGAUGCGAAAGGAAUAUCAAUAAUGUCAUCGGACAGAGUCCAUUACUGAAGUUGCUGAUAAGUGCUUUGAAAUCUUCAGGCUGUGACUUCGACUUGAAUCGUCACGUUUGCUGCGAACCAUGUAGCAAACUUGUUACUGGUGGAUAUGAUGCUGAAAUGAACCAGAUAGUUGUGUGCCAAAAUACUGCUACAAACAAGUCCUCUGUACAUGGUGCCUUAGCUCACGAAAUGAUUCACAUGUUUGAUCAUUGCCGUGCAGAAUUAGAUUUCAGAGACGUCGACCAUUUGCUUUGUACUGAGAUCAGAGCUGCAAAUCUCAUGCAUUGUUCUUUCUUAAGUUCAAUGGUCAUGGGCACUGCAUCUUUCAUUCGAAUAAAGAAACAACAUCAAGAAUGUGUUAAAAGAAAAGCUCUAGCAUCUCUUAUGGCAGUGAGGGAUAUAUCAGAAGCAGAUGCAAAUGCUGCAUUGGACAGGGUAUUCUCAAAAUGUUAUAACGAUCUAGAACCCCUUGGUAGACAUUUACGGAGAAAUUCUAGAGACAUGGAGAGAGUUUAUCGUGAAAGAUACCUCUAUGGAUAUGGCUUUGCUAGCUAGAAAUGUGUUAGUAUAUAAUUUAUUUUGUACAUUUGUGUAGAAUUAUUAAAACAUCAAAUUUUUAUUUUGAC